GGAGCGAGAGAGUGCCCAGGGUGAAUCAAUGGAAACCCCCUCACGAAGCCGGGAAAACACUUCAGCCGCAGCCAAAUAGCAUUGAUUAUUUUCCUUCACUUCCCUCACCGCCGCGAAAUUUUUUUUUUUUUUUUCCAUCUCCGUCCCCGACGCCCCGGAGCGAGCGCUGGAGGGAGGGAGGAGGGGAAAAAAUAAGGAAUCAACACAUCGGAGAAGUCCCUUCCAAGAGCCGCCCCCUCCCCUCCCCGCCUCGCGCUGCUCGGCGGCCGUGGUUCGACUCCCGUCCUUGCUUCCAGCUGAGGUGGUACUGGCUGUCACGCUGAAAUGAACCCUCAGCAUUCCUCCGUCUGCCAUGGCCACCCUUAGCUCUUCCUCUACUGCUGGCACCACCCCCUCCCUUGGGCACGAUGCCCUGUCCCUGCCUCUGGACACCUCCUCCUCCCAUACUCCCUCUGAUCCUGUCACCAAAGAUCCCCCUGCUGCCCCCACCACCUCUGAGAGCAUGAGGCCCUCAGAGCCAGGGGGGCAGCCCCCGGAGUCAGGCUGUGGCCUUGUCCCACCAAAGGAAAUGGGGGAGCCCAAACAAGAGCCUGGCUGUGGUCUCUUCCCACCAAAGGAUCUGGGGGUAGAAGAAGACAAGGAAAAAGAGGAGGAAGGAGAAGGACUCCCUCCCUUGGACCUAAACAACCACUUGUUCUUCACAACAGGUGGCGAGGCUUACCUAAUGGCCAAACUGUCCCUGCAAGGGGGCAGUGAACCCCUGUUACCAAAGGGCUUCCCCUGGGAUGAGGCAGGCAUCAAGGAAGAGCCCAGCCUGCCCCUCCUUGUCCACCCACCCCCCACACACCUCACUGCCCUUCACAUCCAACAUGGCUUUGACCCAAUCCAAGGCUUUAGCUCUUCUGACCAAAUUCUGUCCCAUGAUACCUCAGUGCCACCUCUGGCCGCCUGUAAGGGAAGGGAUGGCGCCUUUUGCAGCUACCAGCUGGCUCCAAACCCACCCGGAGAUCCCAAAGAUGGCCUCAUGGGGAGCAGAGGGGGAGACCACAGGGCACUCUUCUGGCUCUGCCUUCUGUGCCGCCUGGGUUUCAGCAGGCCUCAGGCCUUUUUGGGCCAUACACAGUCUCAUGGGAUAAAGCUAACUCCUGCUCAACACCAGGGUCUGCCAGGCAGCCCAGCCAUGCUCCAGGAGGGAGGUGAGGGCUGCAUGGCCCUCAUAAGCUUUUUAGAACCAAAACUCCCUGCUUGCCCCUCUUUUGAGCUAUCCCUUGACAACAGCAGCACAGUGAACAUGGAGGCAAAAGUAGCCCAGACUGAGGAUGGCUCCCCUGAGACAGAAGUCCAGACCCAUGUCCUGCCCCCUGAAGAAGUCAUGGCCCUUAGCCCACCCUCUCCACCCACAACCCCAGUCACCUGGGACCCCAGCCCAACCCAAGCCAAAGAAUUGCCAAUGGCAGCAGGUGAGGCAGGGCCAGAUUGGUUCCCUGAGGGGCAAGAAGAGGAUGGAGGGCUCUGUCCCCCACUCAACCAAAGCUCACCCACCUCCAAGGAGGGGCCCACUCUCCCCACCCCAGUGGGCUCCCCUGAAGACCCCAAUGACCCACCACAGCCCUACCGCCUGGCUGACGACUACAGCCCUGCCCCUGCAACCUUCCAGGGCCUCAGCCUGUCCAGCCACAUGUCUCUGCUACAUUCACGCAACUCCUGUAAGACACUCAAGUGUCCCAAGUGCAACUGGCACUACAAGUACCAGCAGACCCUGGACGUGCACAUGCGGGAGAAGCACCCUGAGAGCAACAGCCACUGCAGUUACUGCAGCGCUGGCGGCGCUCACCCUCGCCUUGCGCGCGGAGAGAGCUACAAUUGUGGCUACAAGCCCUACCGCUGCGAUGUCUGCAACUACUCCACCACCACCAAGGGCAACCUCAGCAUCCAUAUGCAGUCUGACAAGCACCUGGCCAACCUACAGGGCUUCCAGGCAGGGCCUGGUGGGCAGGUCAGUCCCCCAGAGGCAUCACUCCCACCUUCUGCAGGGGACAAAGAGCCCAAGACCAAAUCAUCCUGGCAAUGCAAGGUGUGCAGCUAUGAGACAAACAUCUCCCGCAACCUUCGCAUCCAUAUGACCUCUGAGAAGCACAUGCAGAACGUCCUAAUGUUGCACCAGGGGCUGCCGCUGGGCCUGCCACCUGGGCUGGUGGGGCCCGGUCCUCCGCCCCCGCCUGGGGCCGCCCCCACCAAUCCUCCUGAGCUCUUCCAGUACUUCGGGCCCCAGACCCUGGGGCAGCCUCAGGCUCCCUUGCCUGGCCCGGGGCUGAGGCCUGAUAAGUCCUUGGAUGCCCAGCUGCUUCUCAACGGUUUCCACCACCUUGGAGCACCUGCCCGAAAGUUCCCCACACCUGCCCCAGGCAGCUUCUCCCCGGAUGCCCACCUGCCUCCAAGUCAGCUCCUGGGCUCCUCACCUGAUGGCCUGCCUACCUCACCACCCCCAGAGGACAGCCCAUCCCUGAAGGUGUUCCGCUGUUUAGUGUGCCAGGCCUUCAGCACUGACAGCUUGGAGCUGCUGCUCUACCACUGCAGUGUGGGCCGAAGCCUCCCAGAAGCCGAAUGGAAGGAGGUCGCGGGGGACACUCACCGCUGCAAACUCUGCUGCUAUGGUACCCAGCUCAAGGCCAACUUCCAGCUCCACCUCAAGACAGACAAGCAUGCCCAGAAAUACCAGCUGGCGGCUCACCUGCGGGAGGGGGGUGGGGCCAUGGGCACCCCCUCACCAGUGUCCCUGGGAGACGGAACUCCGUAUGGGUCUAUUUCCCCCCUACACCUGCGCUGCAACAUCUGUGACUUUGAGUCCAACAGCAAGGAGAAGAUGCAGCUGCAUGCCCGGGGUGCAGCCCAUGAAGAAAACAGCCAGAUAUAUAAGUUUCUGCUGGAGAUCGAGGGAGCAGAAGCAGGGUCUGAGCCUGGGCUCUACCACUGCCUGCUCUGUACCUGGGAGACACCUUCACGCUUGGCUGUGCUGCAACACCUUCGUGCACCUGCUCACCGUGACGCCCAGGCCCAGAGGCGUCUGCAGCUGCUACAGAAUGGCCCAGCAGCUGAGGAAGGACUGUCAGCUCUUCAAAGCAUCUUGAGUUUCAGUCAUGGACAGUUUCGGACUCCUGGGAAGGCUUCCGUCACCCCCUUAGCUGAGCCACCCACCCCUGAGAAAGAAGCCCAGAACAAGACAGAACAAUUGGCUUCUGAAGAGGCAGAAAACAAGACUGGUCCUUUGCGAGACAGUGCCAACCAGACCACGGUAUAUUGCUGUCCAUACUGCAGCUUCAUGAGCCCAGAAUCUGACCAGGUGAAGACUCAUACAUUCUCGCAGCAUGCAAUGCAGCCUAAGUACAGAUGCCCACUGUGCCAGGAGCAGUUAGUGGGCCGACCUGCCCUGCACUUCCACCUUAGCCACCUUCACAAUGUGGUACCUGAGUGUGUUGAGAAGCUGCUGCUUGUGGCCACAACUGUAGAGAUGACCUUUAUGACCAAAGUGCUGCAUGGGUCCAAUCUAAGCCCUGUGGAGGAAUGCCCAGAAACCUCCAUUCCUAGACCAGAGCCUGUACCCAGCAGAGACCAGGCAUCAGAAGGCCCUAACCUGACCCCAGAAGCCAGUCCCGAUCCUCUUCCUGAGCUUCCUCCACUCUCAGCUGAGGCCCCAGAGAAGCCCAUGGGAAGCCCUGAGCAACCUCCUUCUCCAGUCCCAUCUCCAAUCCCGAGGCUUGAUACCCACACUGAAGAAAUGGCUCCUCCACCCACCAUGGCUGAGGAGGAAGAAGGGACCAUUGGAGAGACCCGCCCUGCAGAGCCAGUUCCAGCUGAUUCUCGCCACCCUUUGACCUAUCGGAAGACCACCAACUUUGCCCUGGACAAGUUUCUUGAUCCUGCUCGGCCAUAUAAAUGCACAGUGUGUAAGGAGUCCUUCACCCAGAAGAAUAUCCUCCUGGUUCAUUAUAACUCUGUCUCCCACCUUCAUAAGAUGAAGAAGGCUGCCAUUGACCCCUCGGCCCCUGCCCGGGGAGAGGCUGGUGCCCCACCUACCACCGCUGUUGCCACAGACAAGCCCUUUAAAUGCACAGUCUGCCGAGUCUCCUACAACCAGAGCUCCACGUUGGAGAUCCACAUGCGAUCCGUUCUGCAUCAGACUCGCUCUAGGAGUACUAAGACUGAUGCCAAGGUUGAGGGGCCAGAACGUGGCCAAGAAGAGCUCAAGGAAAGUGAGCCUGAGGGGGAGGUGGGCACUGAGAAGAAGGGCCCUGACCCCAGUGGCUUUAUAUCGGGAUUGCCCUUCUUAUCUCCUCCACCCCCUCCCUUAGACCUCCACAGGUUCCCAGCCCCCCUCUUCACCCCACCGGUCCUGCCCCCCUUCCCUCUGGUCCCUGAAUCUCUGCUGAAGCUCCAGCAGCAGCAGCUGCUCCUGCCCUUCUACCUCCAUGACCUCAAGGUGGCACCUAAGCUGGCAUUGGCCGGGCCUGCACCCAUGCUGACCCUGCCAGCUGCCACCCCUCCGCCCCCACCCCCCAAGGCUGAGCUGGUCGAGCGGGAGUGGGAGCGGCCGCCCAUGACCGAAGAGGGGAACGAGGCAGGGCCUUCCUCACCACCACACCCGACACCCAAUGAGGCAGCCCGCACUGCAGCCAAAACUCUUCUAGAAAACUUUGGCUUUGAGCUGGUGAUCCAGUAUAAUGAAGGAAAGCAGGCUGUGCCCCCUCCCCCGGCCCCACCCCCUCCAGAAGCUCUGGGGGGUGGGGACAAGCUGGCCUGUGGGACCUGUGGGAAACUCUUCUCCAAUAUGCUUAUCCUCAAGACCCACGAGGAGCAUGUCCACCGCCGUUUUCUGCCCUUUGAGGCUCUGAGUCGGUAUGCUGCUCAGUUUCGAAAGAGCUAUGAUAGCUUGUACCCACCCCCUGCAGAGCCGCCCAAACUGGAUGGAACUGUGGACUCACCUGCUCCCCAACUGGGCCCACCCUUCUUGGCCCCAGAGCCGGAGGCAGGAGGAACCCGGCUCCCUGAGGAGCGAAAUGGACCAGGAGGACGCUGGCCAACAGAGGAGGAAGAAAACUCCAAAGGGAAUUUUCCUCCCCUGGUGCCUGCAGGCCGCAGGUUCUCCAGAACCAAGUUCACAGACUUCCAGACCCAAGCACUGCAGGCUUUCUUUGAGACCAGUGCCUACCCCAAGGAUGGAGAGGUGGAACGGCUUGCAAGUCUCUUGGGCCUAGCUAGCCGUGUGGUGGUGGUGUGGUUCCAGAAUGCCCGCCAGAAAGCACGCAAAAAUGCCAGCGAGGGUGGGCCUGUGUCAACUGGGGGAGGAUCGGGAGGAACUUCUGGCUGCAGGCGCUGCCACACAACCUUCUCCUGUGUUUUUGAGUUGGUGCGGCACCUCAAGAAAUGCUAUGAUGACCAGCCCCCUGAAGAGGAGGAGGAAGAGGCAGAGAGAGGGGAAGACGAGGAAGAGGAAGUGGAAGAGGAAGAAGCAGAGGAGGAUCAGAGCCUGGAACCCCCAGCAGGACCUGAGGGUCCAUCACCAGACCCUCCAGACAGGGAGGCAGAGGCAGCAAAACCUGGAGGCAGAGAGCCUGAAGGGAAGUCUCCUCCUUCCCCUACCACAGCGCAUGCCUGUGAUCAAUGCACCACAUCUUUCCCCAGCCAGGACCUCUUGACCAGUCACCGAAGACUACAUUUCCUGCCAUCUGUGCAGCCCAGUGCUCCUCCGCACCUCUUAGAUCUGCCCCUGCUGGUGUUUGGAGAACGUAAUGCCCUGGUGGCAGGCGCUUCAGCAGUGCCAGGACCACCCCUCAAACGAAAGCACGAGGAUGGCAGCCUGUCCCCCACAGGCAGUGAAGUUGGGGGUGGAGGGGAGGGAGAGCCCCCCAGGGACAAGCGUCUUCGUACCACUAUCCUGCCUGAGCAGCUGGAGAUCCUGUACCGUUGGUAUAUGCAGGACUCCAACCCAACACGCAAGAUGCUUGACUGCAUUUCAGAGGAGGUGGGACUCAAAAAGCGAGUGGUACAGGUGUGGUUCCAGAACACCAGGGCCCGGGAGAGAAAAGGCCAGUUUCGAAGCACCCCUGGCACGGUGCCUAGUCCAGCAGUCAAACCCUCUGUCGCACCCACUCCAGCACCCUUCCCCAAAUUCAAUCUCUUGUUGGGCAAGAUAGACGAGGGGGUUGGAAGGGACACCACAAAGAGGGAAGCACCUGCUUUUCUAUACCCCCCAGUCACCUCUGCUGCUGGGACUCUUCCUUUCCUACCAUCAGGAAAAGAGUCACCUUUAACUCUUCCACCUCCCCUUCCACCCAGUGAAGAUGAGGGCCCAGAGGAACUGUCCAAAACGUCUCCAGAGAGUGAAGCUUGCAGUCCAUCUGCAGGAGAUCUAAGUGAUUCAUCUGCUUCCAGCCUGGCUGAACCAGAGUCCCCUGGGACUGGAGGGACCAGUGGGGGAGCAGGAAGUGGGGCUGGGGUUACAGAUGGAAUGGGGCAGCGGCGCUACAGGACCCAGAUGAGCAGCCUACAGUUGAAGAUCAUGAAGGCCUGCUAUGAAGCCUACCGAACCCCCACCAUGCAGGAAUGUGAGGUGUUGGGGGAGGAGAUUGGGCUGCCCAAGAGAGUCAUCCAGGUCUGGUUCCAGAAUGCUCGUGCCAAGGAAAAGAAGGCCAAACUUCAGGGGGCAACAGCUGGGGGCUCUGGAAGCAGCAGUGAGAGCCCCUUGGGAGCUCAACGCACCGACUGCCCCUACUGUGAUGUCAAAUAUGAUUUCUAUGUCUCCUGCCGAGGCCAUCUCUUUUCCCGCCAGCACCUGGCCAAGCUCAAGGAGGCAGUCCGAGCACAGCUGAAGAGUGAAAGCAAGUGCUAUGACUUAGCCCCUGCACCUGAAGCACCCCCAGCAACCAAGGCCCCGUCAACCACCACACCUGCUUCUUUGUCUCUCGGGACUGCCCCAGCCCUGCCUCGCCUGGCCCCGGUUCUCUUGUCUGGCCCAGCUCUGACCCAGCCCCCAUUGGGCAGCUUAGCUCCUUUCAAUUCAGGCCCUGCAGCCUCCUCAGGCCUCCUUGGCCUAGCCACUUCGGUCCUGCCUGCUACCACAGUGGUCCAGACUGCUGGCCCAGGCCGCCCCUUACCUCAGAGACCUGUGCCCGACCAAACCAACACCUCCACAGCAGGCACCACUGACCCUGUCCCAGGCCCACCAACUGAGCCCUCAGGGGACAAGGUCUCUGGUGAGCGAAAGCCAGUCACAGCCCCCACCAACUCCUCCACUGAUGCCCUCAAGAACCUCAAAGCAUUGAAGGCCACUGUCCCAGCUCUGCUGGGAGGCCAGUUCCUGCCCUUUCCACUGCCUCCUGCAGGAGCAGCAGCACCACCAGCUGUCUUUGGUCCCCAGUUACAGGGGGCCUACUUCCAACAGCUCUAUGGCAUGAAGAAGGGGUUAUUUCCCAUGAACCCUGUGAUACCUCAGACCCUCAUUGGGCUGCUCCCUAAUGCCCUCCUCCAGCCACCACCCCAGGCCCCUGAGCCCACAGCCACAGCGCCUCCAAAGCCACCUGAACUGCCAGCUUCAGGGGAUGGGGAGGCUGGGGAGGCUGAUGAGCUGCUGACAGGCAGCACUGGCAUCUCCACCGUGGAUGUGACCCACCGCUACCUGUGCCGCCAGUGCAAGAUGGCAUUUGAUGGGGAGGCCCCAGCCACUGCCCACCAGAGAUCCUUCUGUUUCUUCGGGCGGGGCCCCGGGGGUUCCAUACCACCUCCACUGCGGGUGCCCAUCUGCACCUACCACUGCCUGGCAUGUGAGGUGCUGCUGAGUGGGCGUGAAGCCCUGGCUUCCCACCUGCGCUCCUCGGCCCACAGGCGCAAGGCGGCUCCACCCCCAGGAGGCCCACCCAUCACCAUCACCAACGCCGCCACUGCUGCCUCAGCUGCUGUGGCUUUUGCCAAAGAGGAAGCAAGAUUACCUCACACGGACUCCAACCCAAAAACGACUACUACCUCUACACUUCUAGCUUUAUAAACAGAUAAACCAAGAUGGGAGCAGAGGGGAAAGCCUCAGGGCUCCCUCUCUUAACCCAAGGGAUGUUAGGUGGGAGCUCAGAUCCCUCACCCCAGCCCUUGGCUCCGCCCACCUCAUGGGAAUCUUUCAAUUCCCACCCUCAGUGGGCUUCACACACCCCACCUCCAGCAGAGUCCUGCCUCCUCCCCAGCCCCCACAGACAAACUCUAAUCCUAGUCCUCAACUCCUGACAGAUAGAUCCCUUACCCAUAUGUCUUCAUAGACACACACCCAUCUUGUCAUCCCCGCUAUUUAUAUAUGUCUACCCUGCCCAUCCCAUCACAUACCUGUCAUUGGGUCCAUCUCUCUACAGUCUUUCUCCACUGAAUUCCCAGCGCCCCCACAUCUACACACACACACACAUACAUGCAAGUACACGCGCACACAUGUUAGCCCAUACUGUUCUACUGACUGAAAAACACCAAAAAAAAGAGAAAAACUCAAGACAAAGAAGGGGUAAGAAAAAUAAACCUUGUUACUACCCCCAUCCCACCCCCUCCCCCCUUGUCUAGAGCGCCAUAACGCUCACAAACUCUUUCCAAAUACCCAGUUGGCUCCCAAAUUUGGAGUCUGGGAUGGGCAGGGAGCCCACAAAACUCUAACCAAACUGGAGGUUGGCAGGGGGAGAAGUGCUCCCGGCUCACCUUCCUAACCCUCUCCUGCCUGGGAGGCCCUGCGGCCUGGACUCUAGGGGAAGCCGCCGUUAGGAACCCUUCUGCCAACCCCGGCCCUGCAUCCUGGAAACUGCAGUAACUUAUUCUCAAAGGCUUUAAACACAGAGAUCCUCUCAGCAGCCGUGGGCCUGCCUCUUGUCCCAGCCCUGCCAAGUGGGGGCCCAGCCUCUGGGACCGGCGCUGCCCACCAACGGCAAAUCCAAAGUUCUUUAAAAACACACACACACACACACAACCAAAAAAAGAGCAAGAGCGCACCUAUGUGCACAAGAAAGCGAGAUGGAGAGACCAGAGGAAUGAACUAAAAAGCAUAAACUUGAAAAAAUACAGAAAAAAAAGAAAACUCUCCCAUCA